AUGAGCCUCAAGGAUUAUGUCAUAUCGAAAACAGAAGUGAUAGAUGCUUGCAAAAAAGGCGAAUAUGAUAAAGUUGCCCUGUUUCUCAGUUCCAAGCGAGGAAGGAAGAUUCGAAGUGGUUUAAAAUUCUUCACAACAAAAUCCGAUAGUCACUGGCUGACAGAUUACAAGGAUGAGAAGUCCGACUUCACACUUCUCCAUCAUGCAGUACUCGAGAAUCAGAACCAGAUUAGCAAGUUGUUGAUGGACUAUGAACCACUACUUAUUUUGUGCAAAAGUACCAAAAACAUACUACCAAUCCACUUGGCUGCAUGGAAUGGAAAUCUGGAGAUUGUGAAGAUGUUGCUGCUGCAGACGAUGGAGAAGCCAGCAGAUAUUCUGAAUGCUGUCAACAUUUUCAAUGAGACGCCGUUGCACCUGGCCGUUCAGAGAAGCCAUAUUGAAGUUGUAUUUUAUCUCAUAAAGAAAAAUGCCGAUCCAUUCAUUCGAAACGAGAACAAAGAGAAUGUGAUCGACGUGGCUGCUCGAAUCGGCUGUGCCGAAGCUAUCAGAGCUCUCUGCGAGAAAUGGCCAAAGUUCCCGGUCCAAUCAGCUUAUGACUCGCUUCGUGUCGGAUCACCAGACAUCAAACGUCCAUUAAUCUAUCCGUUCCAUCUUGCAGCCAAAUACAAUCAUGUUGAGUGCAUGAAAGUGAGUUGCUACUAUUCUAUUCAUUAUUCAGUUCUCCGCCAAUAUGGAUUCUCAAUCAACUACACCACCGAAGACGGCACUGCUCUCCACGUGGCAUCGGCUUGCGGACAAGUUCAAGCGGUCGCUUGGCUCAUAGAAAGCGGGGUCAAUACGGAAAUCAAAAAUCAGCAUGGCCAGACGGUUCUUCAAAUGAUAAUCGAUCUUCAAGAGAAUCGCCGCAAUGAAAUCGCUCAUUUUGUCAAGAAUCCAGAAGGAUGGAAGGAGUGUAGACAGAUUAUCGAAGGAAUGGAUCGUCGAGAUUCGGGUAGAGAGACGGAAGGAAGUCAGAGUGACAACGAGCGGGAGGCAAUUUGGCAGCCAUUGCCAAGUCAGGCUAGUGUCCAAGUCUUCCCUGAUCAACGCCGCAACAACCAUGCCAUCUACCAGCCGCCUUCAAUCUCUGCCAGACUCCGUGAUUUGUCGCCAGAUGAUUCUCCAGAAGCUCUGAACAGUGUCCGCUCUGAAGGGCCAUACACCACUAACUCAAUAAAUCGUACCUGGAACAGUUCGAUGUACGACCGAGCUCCACGAACCGGAAGAUUCCCGUUGACAUCACCAAGCUAUCACACCAAACACUACUCGUGUCAGCGAUCCAGUGAUACACUUCCAACGCGCCUCAAAACUGUUCGGUCUAGGCCAACGGAGAAGAUUGCGUCUGUUCUUCCUGGUGACAACUGCGCUUACAACUCCCCAACAAGAUUUAACGAAUGGCAGAAGAAUCAGCUCACCGCUACUUGUAAUCGUCCACCACCACCAGCUCCAGCCCCAUAUGACAAUGUCCCUAACAACUCGGCGAUUUUCGCACGACCAGGGUCACCUUUGGCAAGAUCAUCAUCCCUACGAAGACAAACUGGAUAUUCAACUCUACCGAAGCCAACUACCUACACGCCAAAAAUCCCUGAUCAUUCACGUCCGAACCUAAAUGAGGCAUUUAUCCAAGAGCCAGCACUGGAUAGAACACUGGAAAGACAACUGCAGCGCCAUCCAUUCUCCUUAUCCCGUACCACAUGUGACCGAGAAGAGUCUCUAGGCCUCACUCAAAGUCCAAGAUUGGAUACCAGAGCCAGCAGUGUGACAUCUUCUCUGACCUACGCAUGCUCUACACUCGACAAAGAAAAGUUCAACCGAGAAAGGGAUAAUGGAAGAGCACCACUUGCGAUGCCAGAGGAGAUUACUGGAUCAGUAACUGGAAGUGUCAUUUAUGGACAUGGGCACACUGUGGAUAAAGAUAACAAUGUCACCGCCAUCUUCCUUGAUGAUCUCCACAAACCAACGACAGCUUCUGGCGAAAGUCCACCAUCUCCAAACACAUCGAAGGCGUUUAUUUUCGACGCACUCUGUGGAAAAUCUCGUCUUAUCGAUUCGACAACCUCCAACUUUUUCUCUGAAUUCUCUUCGACAUCCAGCAACAGUAGCAGUGAAUCCACGUCAAAAGUUCAGAUGAACAGCAGCAGUUACGUGGAGCCUGAAGAGCCGGUGAGAAUUCGACGACAGAAUGGAACGACAAAUCUGAUUCUCAACUCGCUGUCACCAUCAGACAACUUGUCGUCACCGUCAUCUGAUCAGAAGUCAGACACGACGACCAGUGAGGAGCCGAGCUGGGAUAGGGUGGAAAGUGUCUUCGACUCGUUCGGUGCCGCUCCGUGUCGUGAAAGUGUGUUCGAGCGCGAGUACGAGCCCCGUGUAGCCGUCUAUCUCCGUGAUCGUGGCUCAAAAGCGCUGAGCGUCACUCUCGUCGAGGAUGAGCUCAGAGAUCAAAAAUCGCUUUUUAUUAAAAAGCAACCGAAAACAAUCAUCGAGUGGUUGGAAAGCGAUGUGAUGCUAGCUCCAGGGCAAGCUGCUGCAGUUGGAACUCUCCUUCAGAAUAAUGGUUAUGAUAAGAUGGAUCAGUUGAAGGGAACCAUCAACAGAGGCAUUCUCACUGAGAUUGGAGUCGACGAUGUUACCAAAUUCAAGAUUAUGUCAGAGCUGGAUAGGCUCACAGAUGCGGUUGCAAGUGCAGGACGCUUCUUCUAUGUCAGUGAAUGGCUCAACUUCAUUGGACUCCAAGACUACAUCUCCAACUUUGUCGCAGCUGGCUACAAGCACAUGACAAAGCUGACUGAAAUUGAUUGGGACACUGCGAAGCUAAUGGUACAACUCGCUCCUCUGUUCCUGGAACUAAACUUAAGUUUUUUCCAGCAACUCGGCAUCACCCGCCCCGGACACAUUGCUCGUAUCCUGCAUUCCUUCAAGAAAGCGGAGGAUGAGAAGCGACAAGAGUAUAACAAUCGUCUGCAGACGAUGAAGCCUCUCAUGUCGCCACCACCACCACUUCCUCCAAGAACUUCGAGACAGCAAGCGUGUGCCGAGUGCCCGCAGGGUGAUUUCGACAAGAUCAAGAACAAGCUGCUCCAAGGAAACGUUGUCUAUCGUGCUCACCAUCUUGGCGUUCAGGAGAUUGGAGAGACGGAUUGUUCUGAUGAGGCGCACGUUGCUAUGACAGCUAUCAAAGAGUCGAUUAUUGAUUGGGAGACGAUUCCUCGUGUCACGUUGGACUUGACUUGUAAUGGUAUUACCAUUUUCGAUGAGAAAUUCAAAGUGAGUUCUAGAAAGUUUGAAAAAUGGAGUGAGCGAGAAACCUGCAAUAGGAGAACUCUACUUGAUGGAUACGGUGUCUACACAAUUCGAGUCGUCUGUCAGGACCGCAAAGAUCUCAACUUCUUCUGUUUCGUCGCUCGUGAUCCGGAGAAUCGAUUUUUCUGCCAUACAUUCUGUGUGCUCACUUCGAGCAUUGCCACUGAGAUCAUUACAACUAUUGGAAUGAUGUUCGAGCUCCGCAGCAGAAUGGAUAAGAACCUGCCAAUCGACGGAUCCAUGGUUAGAUGCAAACACAACGCCAGUACACUCCAAAGAAAUUGA